AUGGACGGAGUAUUUCUUGAAAGUGGACCCUGGAGAAUGAAUUCUGAUCAAACACUGAACUCGACUAGCAGUUCAUGGAAUGAAUAUGCGAACGUAUUAUAUGUUGAUCAACCUGCUGGAACUGGAUUCAGUUUUGCAGAUAGUAAUAAUUAUUUAACAAAUAUUACGCAGAUUCCAACUCAAUUUUUGCUUUUUUUGGAUAAAUUUUUUGAAAUAUUUCCUGAAUUUUCUCAAGAUGAAUACAAUCUAAAAGGCAUCGCAAUUGGUAAUGGAUGGAUAGAUCCAGUUAGUCAGUAUAAUGCUUAUUACACAUUUGCCGUGGAAAAAAAUCUUUUAGAUGGUGAACAUAAGACUCUUGCAGAAAAGCAAUUGGAAACAUGUAAGGGUAUGUUGAAUAAACAAGUACAAAUACAUUUAGAUUCUUGUGAAGAUAUUCUUUCAACAGUAUUAGAAAGUUCACGCCGAAGGAGUGGCAAUGAUGACAAUUGUAUUAAUCAAUACGAUAUUAGAGAUUAUACUGAUACUUUUCCAUCAUGUGGAAUAAAUUGGCCAUAUGAACUAACAACAGUUAGAUCAUAUUUAAGAAGAACGGAUGUUGUUGGAGCAAUUCAUGCAGACUCCCAACAACUUGGAUGGGUUGAAUGUAAUGGGGGUGUUGGGCGUCUAUUCAACGACGAUCUGUUGCCAGAUCUUUUGAAAAAUAUUAACGUAUUAUUAUACAAUGGUGAUCAAGAUUUCGUUUGCAAUGUAAAUGGAAUAAGAGAUAUGAUAAGCAAUUUGGAGUGGAAUGGAUCUAAAGGAUUUAUGAAUAAUACAGCGAAACCUUGGUAUAUUAAUGAUGAAAUUGUCGGUGAGGUGACAAGUGAAAGAAAUCUUACAUAUGCAGUUAUAUAUAAAGCAAGUCAUAUGGUACCAUAUGAUGCACCAGUUCAAAGUUUGGAUAUUAUUUACAGAUUCAUCGGAUUAAAUGGCAAUUUAACAAAACAAGCCUUUACUUCUAAAAUUGGAACUGAGGAUAUUAUUACCGGAGAUAAUCCUACCGAAGAUAAUACAAAAGAUUGGGACAAAUAUUAUAACGCUGGAACUGCUACACUUAUAAUUGUAAUAAUUGGUGUUGUUGGUUUAGUAAUCUGGGUAUUUAGAGGAAAACUUAUUAGGCGUAGAAGAACUACAACUAGUCAAGCAAUGAAAGCUGCUGUCGAAGCUGAAAAUAACGAAAUGGAAUUGGUUAUAGAGACACCACUAUUCCAAUCAGAUGAUGUUGAUCAUUUUGGUGAUAGUGACGAAGAAAAUGAAGAAGGUAAACAAAGUCGACAAUCAUCAGAUCAGCUACAACAAAACAUUAGAGAAAGAAGUCAAAAUACCAGAUAUCGAGAUAUUGAUAGUGAAAAUAAUUCAGAAGAAAGAGUUAGAUUAAGAGAUAGUGAAGACCAUUAA